AGAAAGCAAAAGCAAUCUCAGCAAAAAUGGCUACAAGUUUGCAAACCCUUGUUCCAAUUCUGUCUCUCCUUCUCUUGGCUCAUGUUUCGACCUCCUAUGGAGGCAGCAUUGCCAUCUACUGGGGCCAAAGUGCUUCUGAAGGAACUCUGAGAGAAGCAUGUGCCACCGGAAGAUACAAGUACGUUAUGCUUGCUUUUCUCAACAAGUUUGGCAGCGGUCGCACCCCGUCGAUCAACCUUGCUGGGCAUUGCAACCCUGCGAAUGGCGGGUGCACGGUGGCCAGUCGUAACAUUAAGUUCUGCCAAAGCAAAGGGAUCAAAGUUCUUCUCUCCAUUGGUGGUGGCAUUGGAAGCUACUCCCUGGCUUCUCCUGCUGAUGCCAAAAGCUUUGCGACAUAUCUCUACAACCACUACCUCGGUGGCCGAUCAUCCGCUCGCCCGUUGGGCGACGCAGUGUUGGAUGGAAUAGACUUCGACAUUGAGCUCGGCUCGACAGCAAACUGGAAUCUCCUUGCAAGGAACCUAAAGGGCUUCAGUAAGCCAAGCAAACGAGUUUACUUAUCAGCUGCUCCUCAAUGUCCAUUCCCAGAUAGGUUUCUUGGCAAAGCCCUGAACACAGGCCUUUUCGACUACGUUUGGGUUCAAUUCUACAACAAUGCUCCAUGCCAGUACGCACCUGGUAACAUCAACAAGCUCAUAUCGUCAUGGAACCGCUGGACGUCGUCGGUCCCGGGCAAGGGGAAGAUCUUUCUUGGCCUGCCAGCAGCUAGAAAAGCUGCAGGAAGUGGAUAUAUUCCUCCUUCUGUGUUGACUUCGCAAAUACUUCCAAGGAUAAAGAGGUCGCCAAGGUACGGAGGAGUAAUGUUGUGGUCUCGCUAUUGGGACAAACAAACAGGAUAUAGUGCUGCCAUUAUAAAAAAGGUCUAAUAUAUAAUUAUACUAUAAAGUCUAAUAAAUAAAAUAUGUACGGGUCGUCUUCACAUCUCCUCUUCUGAGAGAUGUUUUAUGUUCCAAGCGUCUCUUUAUGUGUAAUGUAAUCUUCUA